AUGAAUGGCGUCUUGAUCGGGACACGGCCGUCAACUGCAUGCCGGAGGGGCCUUCUAGCUUCCCAGGCCGGCCCCUACCGUACCUUUUUCAACUCCAAAUGGGUCCGGAGGAUUGAGCGGCUCACAGCACCGUCCAGGCGACCGCCGCCUCCAGUGAUACCCGAGAAGGAGGUCCCACCGGCAGUAGACCCAUCGGUGACUCCUGUCAACCCAGUACUGGGGAGCAAAAGGCCAGGCAUUUGUGCAUUCAAGAUAGGAUGCAUGGGCCUCUGGGAUGAGUGGGGACAGAAGCAUGCUGUCACCGUCUGCAAGGUUCACAACUCCCAUGUAAUGCGGCAGAAAACCAUAGCUCGGAACGGCUAUGAGGCCCUCCAAGUUGGAACCGGUUGGCGCACCCUCGGGCUGCACGAACGUCGUCGUAUAGGGUGUUGCAUUAGGGCUGGCGUUGAGCCCAAGCAUCACAUAGAAGAGUUCAGGGUCAGCAGUGACUGCAUGCUACCCGUGGGCCACGAGUUUUCAGUACGCCAUUUCGUACCUGGCCAAAGAGUGUUCGUUAGUGGAUGGAGUAGAGGGAAGGGCUGGCAGGGAGUUGUCACCCGGUGGCGGUUCGCUGGUGAGGGGCCGAUCAGGUGUGCUGCAACAGGGGGCAUGCGAAUGCCGGGCUCUAUCAGUAGAGGCAUGUCGUCAUCUAAGGUGGACAAGUACAAAAAGCAACCGGGCCAUAUGGGACCUGAUCCGAGGGUCACUAACUGUACUGUAUUCCGCAUAGAGUCUACGAGGAACCUCAUAUUUCUCAAAGGGGCUGUGCCUGGGUCGGCGGGGCAUCCUAUAAAGAUCUUCGACGGGCGCGGUAUCACCUGGUAUCGAAACACAUACAUUAAAGCUCCGACACCGACGUUCAUACCAAAACCUGGUCUGGAGUACCCCGUCACAGUUCAAAUGCCGGCUACCUCUGAGGACCCCUUCCUCUACCCUGAGCGGCCCCGGUAUGACCCUCGGAAAUAA